AAUAAUUGCAGCAAUGACCAAUAUUCAGGACAUAAUCUUAGAUGCUAUAAGCAGAUGAGGUCUUUACUCCUCCCUCGACUUUUUGAUCAACAAUUGAAACAGGAUUCUUUUAGUCUGAAUCUCCUUGCUGAUUCUCAACACUUUAGGACUGUACACAAGCAUCCUUCUAGGGCUUAUUAUGGGGUGUGUUGGGCUAAAAGUGUUUCAAAUCUAUCGUAAAGGCCCGCUAAACUAUCUUUCUCCCUCAUUGCUUAAGCUGCUGCUUCAAAGGUCGAUUUUUGAUAUACUUUGAGACAUCUGGUUUAUCCCAACGAUCACACUAUAUCUCUCAGCAAUGAUGAAGCCAUUCCUAUAUGAUGUAUCACCAAUGGAGGCUAAGAAAAUGAUUGAUGAGCUUCCUCACGACCAAAUGAAAAAGGUAAUCUUCAAGAAGGGUCUGUUGCACUUGCUCCCAGAGAAGGUAAACCAGACUCUUAAGAACAACUAUCAGGAGUCUAAGCUAGCUAAAGAGAGGAUGCCACAAAAUGAAAAUCAGGGAUCUAAUGGUUCCACUCGGUCAGACGAACAAGCCAAGAAUCACCUCGAUGACUCCUCUUUUAGUCUUGGAUCAGCCAAGGAUAUUUCAGAAGAUUAUAGGUUUGAUAAAAGGUAUGACUCUGAUAAUGAUUUUGGAGAGGAAAUGAAGAAGGUCGAGAACCCUAAGGCAGAUCCUGCCAUUGAAAACUCUACUUCCAAUAACCAUUUAUCGUCAGAGAUAAUUCAUGUCACCGAUGACGUCAAUCACACCAUGACCAAGGAAGAAACUAAAAACAUUGAAGAGCAGAUUAAUCUUGAAGAAGAGAUAGUAGACGAUCAGAUGGUUAAGGCUGAAGCAAUAGAUUCUCUAAACCUGGACGAGCCUUUCUCUUUCAAAGUCAUUCCAAUAUCUACUUCUCCAGGAUUUAAGGGUAGCUCAGACCCUGGAGCUGAAAACAGCAACUAUUUUGAUCUUCUGAAUCUUGAAACAGUUGUGCUUACCAGUAACAGAGACGAGCUUAUUGGGCAACAGAGAACGAUUCUGAACCACCAGCAACUCUCAACUCUUGGAUGAAUAGUUACUGCCCAAGGCAAAGGCACAAAAUUCAAAUUCAGCACUAUUUUUAAUUCGAAUGAAAUUCCAGAAGAGGACGUUUUCUGGGAUAACUUCUACAUUUUCAAAAAGAAGCAAGAAGAAAUCAAUAAAAAUAUAGCCUCAGAUGCUGAGGAUUCGGACUGCGAAUCUGUCCCUCAAAAACCGAUGAAAAUCGGAACAAUUUUGAAAGACCCUCAGAGCCUCUUAAAAAUGAUCCUCCACAAAAAAUUCAGAAAGAUUAGAAGAAGACUCAUGUUUAUCAACAGUGUUGGAGGACUUUCUCUAAUGAUUGUACUGUUCUUAGUCCAACUGAAAUACUCCAAAAGAUUCAGGGCUUACUCUAAGGGUCUCGCUCAUUUCCUCCUAUUUGUAAUCACUCUCUUAGGAAUGGGAGGCUCCUCAUACGUGAUCUAUCAGUUUAUCUUCGGCAAAAAGAAGACAUCAAGAAAGGAAUCUGACAAGAACCUACCAAACAGGAUGAUCAAGGACUAGUCUAAUUACAUCGUAACAUGCUCACCCAAAAUCUGUACACAUUUUUUUGUGUUAU